AUGUAUGGUAUUCAAGCGUAUGUCUUUCAAACUGGGAAGGUGAAUAUUUCCGACACAUCCCAAAACAACCAUGGCUGCCAGACCGUUUCUUUCAAUACUCAGUUCCAGGGUUCUGGAGAUGUAAAGGUGUUUGCAACGCUUAGCCACGGAAGCGAACAUGUCAAAAUCCACGACCCAGCGUCUGUUUGGGUGAAGUCAGUGUCCACAUCUGGUUUUGAUGCCUGCGUUCGUGAAGCAGGCAGUGGUUCUGGAGGCGCGUCUGUGAUCAACUGGCUUGCCUUUCAAGGUUCGCACCAAGGUCUUGAUUCAGGAAUCGUUGAAUUUGAUGAAUUCACCUCAAGAACCCAGUGCAAGAGGAUAUCGCUUAGUAUUCAGAAUAAGGUGAGAUGGUAAAGUAGGUGAAUUCAAUCAGUCAUUUUAACAUACUUACAGGUGAUAAACAAUACAUUCUUACUUGGACAAAAUCGAUCAGGCAUGGAAGAAGGGGCCUUAAGCCUAAAGCUACAUGUAGAAUCGAGAAUUCGGAAGUCCCAUGCUUUGCUGUCAUAAUUUGUCACUUAGAAGGAACUUUGAAAAUGUCACAUCAGGGUUAUGUAGAAUCCCAGACCUUACAUUUUCAUUCUUCUUUUUUUUUUUCUGUGUCAUAGAUAAUUGUUCUUUUGUUAUACUCUGUCUUACUUAGGCGAGACCCCAAGUGUUUGUGACUGUUCUACAUAAACAUUCCGACCGACCAUUUGACUCCAUGAACAUUUGGCUAGAAGACGUCAAAAAGGAUGGUUUUGUGGUUUGCUUGAGGGAGUUUAUGAGCUUUGACGGCAUCCAUUCAGGUCUUAAAGUGGUAAGUUGAAAUUAGAGAAGUCUGAGGUGACUAGUCUUUAUUGCUCUAUUCACGAAAUUACCACGCAGAGUUUGUGUGGCAAAGAAGUCCACCUUGGGGUAACUAAAGGGUGCGUUCCAGUCAGGUGGCAUCGCACACUACACUUCUAGGUACAAUAAAUUCUAUAUCGUGCUUCUUCUCCAACUUGUAUUACUAAAAUUAAUGUAUCAAAAACAACAGUGAAAACAAGAAAAUCGACUCAGUUAACGUCUUACGUGCUAGUUUAUUUAGGUUACAUAUACCUGUUCCCAAUGCUUUUUGCACCACUUCUGUCUCUCGGAGCUCCCCAUCUCAGGACGACGAAUGAUGAUAAUAAUCGUCCGCAAAUCUGCAAAUAAAUUUGUGCAUAUUCUCUUUUUUUUAAAGAACUGGCUUGCGUAUGAUGUGCUCCCGGGGUCUUGGAAUAUUACUGAAAGAGGAAAGCUUCAUUUUUCUGGACUUGGUGCACCAAAGAAAGAAAACAACUAUGCUUUUUGUCAGGUAGGAAAGACUAACAGUCUUCUAUAUGUCUUUGAUGAGCCUCUGUUUAGUUUAGUUCAGCUCAAGGGAAAACGUGUAUCGCCCAUUUCCAAGAGACACUAUAGCGGUCUGUUUCUGUAAUGAAUGUACGGUUAUCAGUGACAAAAUAGGGUUUACCGUAUCGUUGAUCUUGAUUUCCGUUGCACACUAUAUUUGAAUUGUACAAUAGUGCAUCCACUAGCAGUCUUUAUAAACCUUGAUGUUGCACUAUAAUCUCUUUUAUUUAUUUCUUUUGGAAAACUUGCAAGACUUUAAGAGGAAAAACACUUUUACCCAUUAUUAUAGGCAAGUUAAAUAGGAACUGUCUUACAUAACAAUAACAACAAACAAAAACGUUAUUGACAGCAAUGAAACCGAUAACACAUACACACUACCUACAUUUAGCAAAAGCUAUGGGAGGCAGGCAGUGUACAUGAACUGAUGCAUUUUUAAAUGUCUUAAAUGUUAAAACAAGAAAAAGACAGAAAGGCCUUUGAAUUACAAUAGUUUUUCUUAAACCGAGGUCGUAAUAAGAAGGUGAUAAGCUUUGAAUAAGGCUUUAACUAUGCAUUUUUGUGUAAUAAUGGUUUUCAGGAUUAUAAAUUCGAAAAUCCAUUUUACGAGCCUCCCAGUGUCCUCGCGUCUGCCAGACAUGACAACGACACCAGUGCUCUGUGGAUGAAGGCUGGUGGUCGUUUUAGCAACGCUUUAAAUGUUUGGAUCGAGGUAAGUAAUUUUCUAGACCAUAUACAGCCAUUUAUCUUUCCUCAUUUAUUGAAACUGAUUUUAGGGUUCUGUUUUCAAUUGCCUCCACACUCCAAGUAACUGAGUAAAAAUAAAUUAAGCGCUCGAAAUGGCUGCACCGCUUUUAUAUUUGACUUGAGUCAAAUUCCUCAGUCAUUACUGUCGUUUCAGCCACGGUUUUGUACCAAGCAAUUUUUCAAUAUUUUUUAUUUAAUUUCAAAUGUGGGCUGGAAAAAAACUGGCGAAUAAAAGGACUUCAUUCAAUUUCAGUAAAAUUGAGUCAGUCGAAAAAAUUGACUUAGAUAAUUCUAAAAAGUUAUUUUCUACACAUACUUUUCUUGCGUUUGGAAUUCUCACCCCACAAAAGAAAUACCCACUCUUUAAAGAUCUAGGAACUAGGAACCUACUUAAGACGCAGAAAGCUUCACUUUUUUUCUCAUUUUACUUGGAUAGACUAAGGGAAUUUUUGAACUGCCAGAUAUUUAAUUAUAAAUUUAAUAUCUAGUUCAUUGUUUAGGAAUUCUAUAAAUUUUUUGUACUUCAGUUUGACCGGAGUAGUAAAUUGAUCGAACUGAACUGUAUUUCUCGCUAAAUUUGUAGCAGUUAUACCUGAAUGAAUUUGUUGUCUUCUAGGAAAUCACUCGUUUGUCUUUCAAAUUGUGCAUCAAGGACAGCCAGGGAAUAAGCAAGUCUCACGAUCCAGUUACAGUGGACUAUGCAAUUGUGGGAGGUAAUUUGUUGUUUCCAUUGCAUCCAAAAGAAGAAACUUCAGUCAAGAUAACAAGCAAUUUUUAAAACCGAAAAAAGAAAAGAAAAACGAAAAAAGACAAGUUUUUUGGACAUAUACACAUGUAGUGAAGCUCUUAAAAAACGUAGUCUUUUAUAAUUCUUCUGACUUAAGUCUCGCCCCGCAUGCCGAAUGGGGUAAUAUUUUUCCCAAAAAUGUAUUAUUUUAAGCACUUUUUGCUUCAGGAAGAUUUCCAAUAGGAGUUGAGGGAAAAAAUUGGUUAAAUUCCUGUCGUAAGAAGUGAUUUUGUAUUUUGUCUCAAAGAUAUUGACCCGUGCACAAAUGUUACUUGCGAUUACCAUGCCAUCUGCAAAGCUUUCUCUGCUUUUGAUGCCCGAUGCGUUUGUGAUGACAACUGUCCGUCAUAUGAGGAGCCGGUGUGUUCAUCCAACUCGACAACAUUCAAGAACAAGUGCUUUUGUCUGCUGGACAUUUGCCAACGCAAAAGCAACCACACCCUUUAUCAUCCUGGCAGCUGUACAGGUAGAAUUCUUACUAGGCUUUUUUUACAUUACUUCUUUUUGGCCUACUGCAAAGCAUGAGACGAUCCACUAGGCCUGGGUCAGAAUUAAAUAUUGCUUUUGUUUCCGCCUUCUCAGCGCAUGUCCCUCUUACUCCCUCCACACACAUACUCCCCAUCACCGUAGAUGAAUUGACAGAGAAAUUCAUAACGGCCUUUUCUUUUAUCAUUAGCUCUUGAUGUCACUUUGGCUUACUUUGUUAAUUUGUUAAUCUAAUGUGCUGGAUACGAGCUACCUGGAUGUAUCACUUUAAAGGGCAUUUAAUCCUGGCAUUGAAGCAAAAACUCUUUCUUGUCCCUCUAUCCUUAUUUGUUUUAACUCUUUGCAUUUGUAUACUUCUUUAGGCUUUCCAGUUCAGACCGGGCGGGUUUCACUCAUAAGACGGGUAAAAUCAGCUGAGACGGCCUGUAAAGUGGUGAAAUUUCCACCAUUCUCCUUCUAUCCAGACAAAGAAGUACACGUGCAAAUAACGACCAAUCACUGGAACAUCAGCAGGAAAAAUUUUAUACAUGAUGCCACAGUUUCAUGGGUGCACACCGUUAACUACGAAAAUUUUGAGGUGAAUAUUAAAAAUGAUGGUUUAGUUUAUCAUAAAGGCCAGCGGUCUACCAAGUGGUAAUAGUUUGUAAUUCGGUAGCAUUUAAAGAUUUCCAUUCUCGGCGUGUAUGUUUUUAUUUCUCUUAACCUUUUUAUUGACGAUUUGUAAAAAAAUCCAUUUACUGUUCCUUAAUUGCUGACGUAAUCACUGUUUAAUUACUGUUCUUUAAUUCCUGUUCAUAACUUGUACUACUUUUAUCAUUUUAAUUGUGCUCAUCCUGCAUGUCUUGCUUAUUCUGAAAAAUUAACGUUAUAUAACAUUUAUAGCCUGUUCCAGGCGUUCAGAUAGUGGGGAGCGGUGCGAAGUAAAAAGGAGCGCGAAAAAAUAAAAGCGAGGGAGGGGGAGAGGCACCUCUCUCCCCAGCCCCCCUCUACUUUUUAUCGCUUUCUUUACUUUGCACCGCUCUCCACUAUCUGAACGCUUGGAACAGGCUAUAACAUUUAAAACUUGGCAUCAGAGUUUUUCCCCUUAUAUGUAUUUAUGUGUGAUUAAUCCAUCAAAAACUGCUCGAAAUAUUGGUGUGCUAUUUGACUCGUCACUGUCUAUGGAAGAACAUAUUAAGGCAACCUGUAAAUCUGCUGUCUUCCAUUUAAGUAUCAUAGCUCGAAUACGAAAGCACUUGCUAGCACAAGCGGCAGAGACCUUGAUCCAUUCCCUUGUGACCUCAAAAGUGGAUUUCUGCAAUUCACUUCUUUAUGGUGUUCCUAAUCAACCGAUACAAAAACUCCAAAGAGUUCAAAACUCAGCGGCCAGGCUAUUAACUUAUACCAACAAGCGGGAACACAUUAAACCUGUGAUAAAACAGUUUCACUGGGUACCUGUUGAGUUCAGGGUCCCGUAUAAAAUCCUACUCAGGACUUUUUUAAUGUUUAAAUGACACUGCUCUUGCUUAUCUUAAAGAUUCAAUUCACCUGUAUACGCCAAACCGCAGUCUGAGAUGAACUCAAAAAACUACUUAGCUCAUGAGCAAUACCACCUGAAAAGUUAUGAUCCGGUUAGAGCCUUCACAAUUGCAGCACCCAUUCUCUGGAAUGCACUCUCAGAUAGGCUCAGAGACCAUUCAAAUUUUCUAUAUCUUCUUAUAAGAAAUAACUUAAAACACACUUUUUUAAAAUAGCAUUUUAGCAUGUGAAUUUUCUACUGCUGAUUUAAUUAUUCAUUUUUUUUUUUUAAAUAAUUCCUUAUUUUAUUGUGAAGUGGUAAUUAACUUUACGGAAUUAGCGCUAUAUAAGUGUUACUUGGACACAGAUAAAAUCUCAAUCAACCAAAUAACUGUUGAAUUUUAUCUUUAGGUCUGCGUGACAGCAGCCGGAAGAAAUGACCGCUCUAUCCAAGAGUUUGCCAGCGUGGACUGGAUGGCUUACCAAGGAGCACCUGAUGGUGGUGUGGCAGGAAAAUCACGCAUUUCACAGUGGUGGACUGGAUCACAGUGUAAAGAAGUUAACCUUCCUCAUGUAAUUGUCUAUUUUGUGUCUAUUUUUCAGUGCAGUUGGAGAUUUUUGGGGCGGCGGGUGGGGGGUGGGGGGGACCUAAACGUGGCGAGAGGUUAUGCCACCCUCCCAUUAGUAAUAUCCAUGAUUACGAAUCUUACAGUGUCAAAGUUUCGAUGCUGCAGUAGGAAAUUGCAUCAUUUUUUCAAUUGCCGCCAUACUGGAUUGUUAUUGUAUUUGGUAGGUGACCAACUGUGACGCAAUCACGUUAUUCAGAUAUUUUGCAUUUUAAAAACCACAAAUUUUGUUUUGCAUAAGUAUGACUAAUUCAACAAAAAUCCGAGAUAUCGAAACGAUUUGAACCACGGUCAGGUUGGACUCCAUUGCACAAAGUAUGUUUUACGAUUGAGGGACGGGGAGGUGGGGUAAGGGAGUCAAUUGAUAUUAUGGAGGAUGGAGGGAGGAAAAAAUGUAAGAUUUUUAGAUGCUUGAAAAAUAAAGUUUGAAGUGAAUAAUUGAUAGUAAAAGACCGAUCCAUCAGGCCCUGCUCCCCAGGAAGCUCAUUCGCAGGCUAAGCCCCUUAAAACUGCAAAAACAAUCAUUCAUUCAUGCACUAUAUUUUGUCGGUACAUGGCAAAUGUUUGUCUUCUGCCAAGGCGGUUAUAAAGCAUAAACCAACAGAAACUGAAACUAUGAAACAAAACACACUAAACCGGCCUUAUACAUUUGAAGGUUAAACUCCAGGCGGCCAGAAACAUGCAGAUCGUGUUUCAUUUUUGGUUCUGAGCUUUUUGUUUUGGAUAUGUUGUUAAGAAAUUAACAGUAUUAAUUAGUCUGGAUAUACAACUCACCUUUUGUGAUUUGCAUUAACGAUUGCUUCACAGGGAAAGUUUGCUACUGCGCCAACAGUCCUGGUUACAGCAGAACAUAUUAGUGCAGCCUUCAAGCAUGAUGCCGCCAGUUUGUGGGUGGAGAACGCAACCAGUUCCUCCUUUUACAUUUGUCUUCGAGAACUGCAGAAUUAUGAUGGUCUACAUGAGGAUAUCUUUGUGGUAGUUUGAUUGUUAUCAUUUUUCUGAGGGAUGCACAUUAAGAACCGUAGAGAAAAAAAAGCACAUGUCAAAAAGAGAAAAUAAAAUAUAUAAAGAAAGAAACUUCACAUUUAGCAAAUAGUGAUGAUGAACAUAUCUCAAGUGGUCUAAAAACAGUGUGUGUAUGAAUAUCGUAACAUUUCAAGCUUCCAAUUCUAUUUUUAUAAAGCGACAGAUGCAAAACUCAGGACUGGUAAAUUUCGUUCCGGAAUGGAGUUUACCUUUUGUACAAAUCAGCUCCAUUUUCCGAAAAACGGCCGCAAAGACCUGAAACUGGUAUCAACGAUGGCUUUGAAGAAAUGGAAUACGAAUUUCCCUUUCGAGCAUUCCGACUGGACAAACAAGACUACCUUCCCAGAUGUUCCGUUGUUGCUCCUGGAAAUUUUCCGUUGUAAUGACCCAUGGAAUCGUGAUCCAUUUACUUUCCUACCGAAUUUUUCUGGAAACUUUUACGUAAGUGGUAAACAACUCCUCGUUUCCACCUGUAACUAUAAAAUUGACUAUUAACGAGACGGCAUCUAACGUAAUGACUGGUAUUUAAAUUAAAAACGGCAGGUAUUAGGUAUAUGUUAUCAUCAGAAGAUUGCUUUGAAAUCAAAUCACUCUCGACUGCUGAACAUUACUUUUUCAGAAUUGGAUGGUCUUUGAUACAAUCCACCGGCCCCUUUUUGCCGAGAGCAAACAAGUGCAUUUUCCAAACAACAACCCUGUUUCUGCGAACACCAAUGGUGCAUUUUGUAAGGUAAGAAACAGGUGUAAGCGAAACCUGCAAUCUUGGACUAAGUUAAUGAAAAACCUAGACCCCGCUCCCCCUAUUUGAAAGACGGAAAAAUGACACGUUUUUGCCCUUCGCGCGGCUUCAUCCUUGACUUGGGGCGGGGCGGGGGUUAGGGGCAGAUGGGGGUUUGCUGUUCAAUUCAAUUCUGUCCAGGAUUGUAGCUCUCUGAUUAUUUAAGCUUGUGCAGAGAAAUGAAAGCUGAUAUUCAACAAGUCCGAAUCGUUUCUUUGUUUCGUUUUGUUGUUGUUGUUUUUUUAUUGGCUGCAUCUGACUGUGAAACGCCUUAAGUAAUCUCGACCAUAAUCCUUUGACAUGCUUUGUGUUCUGAAGGAAUUUUGUCAGAAAUGGAAACCGGGUAAGGGAACGUCUUUAAGUUAACCUUGUUUCAACUAAAUUCUUCCUAUAAAAAGGGUGUUUUUCCACUCCCUUCACUGUCUUCACGGCAGCAUUCUUCUAGGAAAACCUUGGAUACAGGUUUUAACACUUACAUCUUACGUAGCAUGAAUUAACAAAAUGGUGUGCUUUGAACUUAAUUUACAAUAUAUUAAUAGCCUACGCUUUCUACCCCUAGGACGUGCAAUUUGCAAGAAAUUACGACAAAGAACCCACAGUAGUGAUAGCAGCCAGUCAUAACUCAGAGGGCAACAACUUAAAACCAAUACACAUGUCUGUUACUGCUUGGGUUGAGGUAAUGUAGGAUGGAAGUGUUUUAAGUCAUAUAAUAAAAAGGUCAGAAGCAAAAGAAUACUAUAUUUUUUAUGUCAAGAAGUGAAGAGAUCUAUGUGGAAGUUUAUUAGGCCCUGUUAAAACGUCAUAUUUCACAUGUGCCGAACCUAUUUUAAAUGGGCCGGAACAAUAGAUUUUUCCCAUUGGCCGGCUGAAUUUAACACAUAAGAAAACGGGCGCUUUCCAUUUAGUUAAAAUUUCCGGAAUUUCCGGUUCGGCGGUAAAUGGAACACGUUUCGUCGGUUCGUCCCAGUGGAAAAUUCCCAGAAAAAGUGGAAAAUCUAAAAAGGUGGUCCCGUUUUCCCGGUUGGAAUUUCCGAACGGAAUGUCGUGUUCCAUUUACGUUUCUCGUAGUUUGUACCAGUUCCAGGUCCACGGUCGGGCACCGCCCCGUAUUGGUGUUUACGACCAAAUGGAACAACUUUUUACCGAUCAGAAAUUCCACUUUUGCUACCACCGAAAUUUCCGGUUUUUUUUCCUAAAUGGAAAGCGCCCAACGUGACGUUUAAACCGGCCUAAAACAAUGUACAUGUAGCAAUAUUUACACAAAGGACCAUUCCGUUGAACUUGAAAGUUUUUAAUAUUGUUUAUUAAGUCUAAAGCAUCUUGCUUUUUUGGCUGUUUUUUCAUACACCUUUCUUAAGUUCUAGUUCUGAAGUCGAAAUAAAUUGACGCCUUUAAUCAAAUUCUAUUUCGAGACAUAACUACAAUGCCUUACUGAUCAGCUUGAUCAGGCGAAGUUCUCCAGUAUAUUUGACCUUUAUACACGUACUCACAUUAAGUACUCACAUUCUUAUCUUUAUUACCAAAACUGUUUUGUAAGUAACACAAUUAUUUGAUAUGAGUGUAAAGAAUUGAAAAACAAGGUUUGUGACAUCACAUGAUUUCACAAAUUCUCCUUUUCGAAUUUUGAGGCAGUCAUCUUGAGCCCGCUGUUGCCCAGUUAACGAUGAAGUUAGCAAUUAUUACAACUAUUUCUUUUGCCAAACCAGCUUUAACCAAGUUUUUUUUUUAAAUAAAACUAAUAAAACGGACGGCUUAAAGAAGAGAAAUCAUACCAUCGAGAAAGUGUUCGUCAUUGAAACGUCAAUCACGAUCACAUGUAACAAUUGAAUGAUAUAUUAAUUGCUUCCACAUAAAUUUCCUGAAAUUUGGCGGGUUGUUGUUUAGGCGGCUCAAAAAUGUAAAUAUGAAAAGUGAGCGCGGUCACUUGUGCCCUACCCCAGACUAAACUCUCGAUUUAUGGUGCUGAGAAAGAUUUUUGCGUUGGAAGGGAAAUUAAGCUUGUUUUACAAAGGAUAUUAUUCAUUUUACAGCACAUUAAUACAAGCGAAUUCCGCAUUUGUCUCAAAGAAUUGUACGCUGACCAGCAUGAUCCUGUAAAUGUAUCGUACGCUGUACUUGCAGGUGGGUUUGGCGGCAAAAUUUAGCUUGUUUUACAAAGGAUAAUAUUUAUUUUACAGCAGAUCAAUACAAGCGAAUUCCGCAUUUGUCUCAAAGAGUUGUGCGCUGACCAGCAUGAUCCACGGGUUUGGCGGCAAACAUCCCUCCCCCUUUAUAGCGACAUUAAGCGUUUAAGUUACCAUACACUUUCUAUUUUUCUUUUGGUUUUAGAAGUUCAAUUAUGUUGCUAUUUCCCAAGACUGAUGGCUUAUAUGAUUUAUGCUUUCUAAUACAUACCCUUGUUUAUUGUUAUUUGGUUUGUUCCUGCAGAUGUAUGUAAACCCGGUUGGUCUUAUUUUGGUGGCAUAUGCUACUCAACCAGUCAAACAUGUAAGAACUGGACUGAAGCCCAGAAAACAUGCCAAUCAUACAGUGCUAAUCUCAUUAGUGUACGAAACCAAGAAGAGAACGUCUAUAUUCAACAUAGGAUGAAUGGCGCUAAGGGCUGGAUUGGACUAAGCGAUAGGGACACAGAGGGAACUUUUGUCUGGGCAGAUAAUCAACUCAAUAACUUCACAUACUGGGCUAAGAACCAACCAAACAACUUCAACAAUGAAGACUGCGUUCACACUUUGGGAGUCAGACAUAGUUUUACGUGGAAUGAUGUGAGCUGUGACACCUGCCAUAACUACACCUGUUCAGAAGGUAUCUAGGAGCCUUUGCACUUUCUCGUAUAAGCCUUGAGUACACGUUAACACCAAAGGAUUACCAGAACGUCUUGUCCUCGUAGGCUGGUAAAAAGAAUGGUACAUUACACUUCAUGACAUCGUCUUCACAUGCCAAGCAGGGACAUUUUUACUUUAGAAACUAUUUUGAUUUUAUAAGCUGUAGUAACAUUCAAGAUGACCUCUAUUUUGAGUGAAAACAAUCUUUACAUUUCUAGAUUGAGUGAUUGAUGAUUGCCCAAUCUGUCCAACGAUUGGAUGAUCCACUGUUCUAUUUACCGCUGGAUUGAUUAGUUGGUUGGCGGGUGCAUAAUUUUUUGUAUGUGGUUUUGUCUCUUUAAAGCAAUCGAUUGAUAACUUUUUGAUUCUUUUAAACUAAGAUCUUGAUGAAUGUGGAGGGAAUAAUCACCAUUGUCACCAUAAUGCCGUCUGUAAAAACACAAUCGGCUCCUAUAAAUGCCGGUGCUCGAUAGGAUAUACCGGUGAUGGCUUAAUGCGUGCAGGUAAUAAUCCAUAAUUUCAUUUCCCUUCCAAAACAUAAACUAGAAGGGCUUUUUUACCUCAAUAAUAGCAGAGCUGGAAUAUCAUAUUGGUGUAAUAUCAAAACACCAUGAGCCUUCAAAUUAUUUAUUAAAUUUUUAUUUCAGUAUUCAUUAAAAAAAUCCGAAUUCAAUAACUGUUUUUAUUCAUCAAAACACUACGGAGCUCAUAACAGAUGUUCUUCACAAAGCAGUUGCCAUCCUUCGACUUUUCAUUGUACGAUUUUACGAUUGAUGUCAAUCAUUUAACAAAUAGAUUAGAUAUUGUCGUUCGUCUGUUCAGUAACAGAUCAAAGAUCACUUCAAAAAGUGUUAAAAACAAAGAAGUUGCACACGAGCCGCAGGCGAGUGUGUCAUUGAUGUUUUUACCACAUUUUGGCGUCUUCUGUGAUCUAUUACUGAACAGACCCACGGCAACAUGGAAUCUAUUUUUUUUUAUACAAUGAUCAGAAAAAACAGAUAAAAUUACCCUGCCUCGAACCGUUCGUCUCUUCUUCUUGCUUUUUUUUUCUUUAUCUUACUUGUAACCAGUUUCUUCGAAACGUUUUUUUCUCAAAUUGUCAAGAACUCUUUUUGUCUCCGUUUUUCCAUUUUUCUUCUUUGUGAAUAGCUCCUGCUAAACUCGAGGCUUUCACUUGCUUAAUCCGAAAUAAUCUCACAAACAUUUUCAAAACGGCCCCGGCCAUGCUGAACAAAGCAAAGUAAACAAAUUUCCCGUGACGUAAAAUUCUUGUAUCUGUACUCUAACAGAUCAAGGGCCACGACCAAUCACAGCGCGCGUUGCUUUCUCAUCUUUGUAUAAAAAGUGAUAGUAAACAUCUUCCAAAUUUUGACAACCGGCUGGUUGGUGAAGAAGAAUGCGUGGGUGGGUUUAAGCCAACCAGAAACGGAGAAAAUUUUAAUGAAUAUCAAUUGAAGUUAAAAGAAUAUCACCUUUCUCCCUUAUGAAGUGGUGUUUGUAAGUUAACGCUGGAGUAUGAGUUCUUAUAUUGUGUUCUUGUUAAAAUUUUUUCUUUCCCUGGCUCUUAAGAUGUAGACGAGUGUUCUGCAGGGCAUCAGUGUGACAGCAGUGCGACUUGUAAUAAUACAGAUGGGUCUUACACAUGCACCUGUGACAGUGGCUACUCAGGAGAUGGACGAACCUGCUAUGGUAAAUAAACUACUUAAUCAAAUGCACAGGUUUCACAAAAAAAUCUUUCACAAAAGUAGGUACACGAAUUUUGGCCCUUUAAUUUUUUUUUUCGUUUCAGAGCUAUCCAUACUAAAAGUAAUGAUACUAAAAAGCGUUCAACUUUAAUUUCCCCAGCCAGUUUUCUUACGUAAAGCUCCCAAGUUCAGCACAUGCACGAACUCUUGCUCCCCUAUGAUACACCCGAAGCAAAUCGUUUUAAUUCUUAGAAUACUACAAAAUGCAAUUUAAACGGGAAAAAACAAAUAAAAAAAAGAAAAAAGCCACAAGAGCUUGUUUGAAAGUUUAUCGAAAAAAGACAUGAAAAUACAUGAAACUAAAAUACCUUGACCAGCUACGAAAAAAAGCAAGUGUUGUUUCUUCAUGAUCGCGAAGCCAAUCGCCAAGUCACUCGCCGAUAGAUAACUGCAGCCUGUUUAUCCGACAUGAAGAAUAUAAAUCACAAGCAACCAGCUACAAAAACGGGCUAUGCAGCCAUUCAAUACAGCAAUCUAGGCGUUAGUAUAGCUUCCUCUCUCGUUCAGCAAAAGCAGCUGGUGGCUUCAAACAACUUCAUAACAAGCGACCGAGGUAAAAGUUUUUCUCCAAUUUUCUUUUGUAACUGCACCAAAAAU